AUGAGCAGGCCGGCCUUUGACCCUCCCGGCCCGGCAAAGUCGGCCCAGCCCAGGGCCGCGGAGCCGAGGUACGGCCGCAGCUUCGACCCCUGGAACUCGGUCGCCCUGGGCCACCAGCGGGCCGAGACCAAGGGCCCCAUGGGCUGGCGCGACAACCGCAACUGGAAGCUGCACGGCCAGUUCCGCGCCGGCCACUCGGGCGGGUCGCGCAUGUCGGACGCCGUCGGGGCCGGGUCCGAGGACUUUGACGACACGAACAAGGUCCUCGUGCCCAAGGAGGUCCGGGCCAGGGCGGCGACCAACGUCAUGGACAUGCUGAGGAACCCCGGGGCGAUGAAGACGCAGAGCAUGCCAGCGGUAGUGGCAACAUCGUCAUCAUUCCCAAGUCUCCCAGGAGGGACGCCGGGUGGCGGCGGCAGCAGCAGCGACUCUCCGUCGGUGAGCGCGACGGGGGCUACGCUGCCAAGCCGGGAGACGACGACGACAACGACGACGGAGGAGGAGAACAUCGCGCUCCGGCGGCGGCUGGAAGACGAGCAGCGGGAUAGACAGAGAGCCAACCAGCCACGAAAGAUAUUCGACGGGCUCGUAGUCUACGUCAACGGCAGCACGCACCCCCUGGUCUCAGACCACAGGCUGAAGCAUCUGCUGGCCGAGCAUGGCGCCCGCAUGUCUAUUCAUCUCGGCAGGCGGCAGGUCACCCACGUCAUCCUCGGCCGGCCUGUUGCCGGUGGCGGCGGGGCUGGCGGCGGGCUCGCGGGCGGCAAGCUGGAGAGGGAGAUCCGGAGGGUCGGUGGGUGCGGUGUCAAGUUUGUAGGGGUGGAGUGGUAA